AUGGUGAAAUACGCGCGAGAGUCCAACGACGCGACGAAAUCGUGCAAAGCUCGAGGCACGGAUUUGAGAGUUCAUUUUAAGAACAUGAGAGAAACGGCGAUGAACAUCAAGGGGCGAAGUUUGAGCGACGCGCAAGGUACGCAUUUUGUAAUUUUUUUUAAAGAGCGCAAUCGAUUUUGCCUGCGGAGAGAGAGGAGGCUUUUAACGCGUAAUUUUUGGGCGAGAAGGAGGGUUACACCAACCCUUUCGCGAAGGUUGAAUUCGCAAAGGACGAGUGGAAUUGAACGCGCGAACGUUUUAUCCGCUCGUUUCGCGCGGGUUUUAUCCGAGAGCGACUCGUUCGAUGGUUCUUUUGUGCGUUCGUUCGCAGCAGGGUGUCGCCCUCUUCUUUAG